AUGGCAAGAGUCUUUGAGUCAGUUCGUCUGUGGUGUGUGUGUGUGAGUUCGUGUCGCGGUUUCGAUUCCCGCAUUUCAAUUCUGGGUGGCUUGUGUGUUUGUAAACGCACCCACGACACAACGUCGCGCCUCAAAGAGCCAAUAGUCCACCACAGACGGGACCCUAUAGAGCUGAUGUUCAGCCGGGGUUGCGGGGAUUUCAAAAUGAAGACUUUUGUAGUAUUUGCUGUUGUUAUCGUCAGCUGUUUUGCUCAAAGAUCGCCUUACGCUGGUCGAUUGCCCAUCGGAUAUCCUUACAUAGAGCCGAGCACUGCCGCGCCAACGACUGCGGGCUCCGGAUUGGGUAACAGGUUUGGAGACGAAGUUGGAACGUCAACCACUAUACGACUGCCUCUCGAAGCUCUUGGGGAUGUGGAACUAGUCCGCAGGUUAAGCAAGCUACCAGUCGAACAUCAGCCUUUCUGGCUUCUCAACUGGAAGGCUUUGGAAGAAAACAGGAAGCGCCCCCAAACAUACCCACAAAGAGGCAAUGGCUUCAUAGAUGAUACCUUCAACUCGAACUCCCUACUACUCAAUAAUAAUCAAAGAUUCGAAAAAAAAUAAGUUUACAAAAAAAUAAGACUGGCAAUUAAGAAUACCAUAAGGACUUUUUCAUUAAUAAUGUAUAAAGAAUGAGACUGAUAUUCAAAAACGUUACCGAAUUCGAAUUACGAAAAAAGAAUACUGGAAUAAUUUUUAAAUUAGUACCGUCACGUGACUCAUAACAGUAAUGGAUUUAAAAUCGCUGUUGCUAUUAUUUAUGGUGAUUAAUUUGAAAUUGGAAUUAUUUUGUAAUAUUCGAA